AUGUCCCUCCGCCUCCUCUCGCGCGCAACAAGAGCCUCCUCGUCGUCAUCGACGACCCUCCGCCUCGCGCACCGCGCCUACUCCAUCCCCGCGCGCGAGGUGCCCACCGGCCUGGGAGAGGGCGAGAAGGUCAUCUGGGAUAAGCUCGCCGCGCGCUUCCCCGGGACGCAGUUGCAGGUGCAGGACGUGUCUGGCGGCUGCGGCUCGUUCUACGCCAUCUCCGUCUCGUCCCCCGAGUUCAAGGGCCUCUCCAUGGUCAAGCAGCACAAGCUCGUCAACGACUGCUUGAAGGAGGACAUUAAGGGGAUCCACGGAUUGCAACUCAAGACAAUCCCAGAGGACGCGGCAUAG